UAGUAGGGAAGAAUUUGUUUAAAGUUUAAUUCUAGUUGAAUAAAUACACGGAAACAUGGAAUCGUGUGCGAGGGGAACUUGCUCCUCGGCGUUGCAAUCGUCGCCAGCUUCCGUUUUCACUAUGCUGAUACAAACGUUAAUCGCAUCCCGUUGCGGAUUAAGCAAUACAGAUAAUUAUCCCAGAAGUAACCAAGAGGAAAUUUUAAAUUCGGGAAUGGAGUUCGAUUUUGUAAUAGUUGGUGGUGGAAGCGCGGGAUCUAUUUUGGCUCGCAGAUUAACGGAAGUGGAGGAUUGGAACGUUCUGUUAAUCGAAAGAGGAGUGGAUCCCUUACCUGAAACCGUACCACCUGGCCUGUUCAACAGCAACUUGGGUGGACCGCAAGAUUACUAUUACGCGAUCGAGCCACAAGAAGGCAUCUGUCUGAGUGUCAAAGACAAACGAUGUAAAUGGUCGAGGGGUAAAGCGCUUGGGGGAAGCUCGGUGAUCAACGGAAUGAUACACAUCUUCGGGAAUCGAAGGGACUUCGACGGUUGGGCGAGUCAGGGAAAUCCUGGAUGGAACUUCGAGGAAGUACUUCCUUACUUCAGAAAGUCCAUAAGCUGCUCGCCCGAAUACAUAGCCGAACACGGUGACAAGUAUUGCGGGACGAACGGUCCCCUCAGAGUCAGAUACUACAAUUACACCGUGACAGACUUCGAGGAUGUAAUUCUGGAAGCGGCACAAGAAGCGGGCCAUCCCAUUCUCAAAGCUGUGAACGGUGAUCGUUACCUGGGAUUCGGAAGAGUGUUGGGCACCCUCGACGAAGGAAGGCGGCAAAGUUGCUCGAAAGCUUUCCUAAGUCCCGUCAGAAACAGGAAGAACUUGCACGUGAUAACGUCGACCAGAGCGGACAAGAUUCUGUUCGAGGGUAAACGCGCUGUCGGUGUUCAAAUCACUUUGAGCAACAACAAAUCGGUGGAAGUGAGAGCGACGAAGGAAGUGAUCCUCUCGACCGGGACUAUGGUCAGUCCGCAAUUACUGAUGCUCUCGGGUAUCGGGCCGAAAGAGCACUUGAACAAAUUGGGUAUACCCGUUCUGGUCGAUCUGCCCGUUGGAAAGAAUCUUCAAGAUCACGUGAUAUGGUUCGGCCUGUAUUACUCUAUCGUGAACGAUUCGGUGACGUCCGCCCCCACUGAGAAGGAUCAAUUGGACUCCGCUUACGAGUAUUUGGAAUUCGAUACCGGCCCGUUGACCACUCUCGCCAACGACCUCGUCGCGUUCAUCAAUCCUAUCGAUCCUAAAUCCAUAUAUCCGGAAGUGCAAUUAUUGUUCUCCCAAGUUCAACGCUACGACAAGAACGGGUUGAAAAGUCUGUUGCAUUCUUACGACGUGAACGAUGAAAUUUUACAAAUAAUGACGGACGAGAUCAUGAAGAGUAGCUUGAUCACCGCUUACGCCUCGUUAAUGAGACCGUCGAGUCGAGGGGUGAUCGAAUUGCGUAGCGCCGAUCCAGCCGAGCGGAUAAAGAUUUAUUCGAAUUAUUUCACGGUGGCGGACGAUUGGAAGAGAUUGAUGAAAGCUGUGCCAACGUUGAAGAGUUUAUUGAACACGACGAUCUUGCAGAAGUAUAAAGCCAAGUUCCACACCUACGAUAUUCCCCAAUGUCGUAACAUAGCCGCCGAUACAGAGGAAUAUUACGAAUGCAACAUUAGACACGCUACUGGCACGAAUUAUCACGCGUGUUGCUCGAACAGAAUGGGGCCAGCCAAUGAUUCCAGAACGGUUGUGGACGCCAGAUUGAGGGUCCACGGAGUGACGAAUUUACGUGUUAUCGAUUCGUCGAUCAUGCCGAACAUCACCAGCGCAAAUAUACAUGCGCCUACCAUGAUGAUCGCUGAGAAGGGUGCGGAUUUGAUUAAACAGGAUUGGGGGAUACGAGUAUGAAGGAUUCUAUUACAUACGAUGUA